AUGUGGGUAUGUUGGACACAAUUAGAGAUGUGGGUAUGUUGGACACAAUUAGAGAUGUAUGUAUGCUGGACACAAAUAGAGAUGUGUGUAUGCUGGACACAAUUAGAGAUGUAUGUAUGCUGGACACAAAUAGAGAUGUAUGUAUGCUGGACACAAAUAGAGAUGUGUGUAUGCUGGACACAAUUAGAGAUGUAUGUAUGCUGGACACAAAUAGAGAUGUAUGUAUGCUGGACACAAUUAGAGAUGUGUGUAUGUUGGACACAAAUAGAGAUGUGUGUAUGCUGGACACAAAUAGAGAUGUAUGUAUGCUGGACACAAAUAGAGAUGUGUGUAUGCUGGACACAAUUAGAGAUGUAUGUAUGCUGGACACAAUUAGAGUUGCGAGUAUGCUGGACACAAUUAGAGAUGUGGGUAUGGUGGACACAAUUAGAGAUGUGGGUAUGUUGGACACAAUUAGAGAUGUGUGUAUGUUGGACACAAUUAGAGAUGUGUGUAUGCUGGACACAAUUAGAGAUGUGUGUAUGGUGGACACAAUUAGAGAUGUGUGUAUGCUGGACACAAUUAGAGAUGUGA